UGGUCACCUCAUCCACGAACUUGAAGCCGCUGCUCUGCCUCUGCCUCUGCCUCUGCUGCUGCAGCUGUCGCUGAGCUGAGCUUUUUACUUGUUGCAUUUGCAGCGUGGUGACUUGAGAAGAGAGAGAGAGAGGGAGAGGGAGAGGGAGAGUGAGAGUGAGGGGCGACCGGGCGAUGGAGUUCUUGGCGCUGCUCCUCCUCGUCUCCAACUCUCUCUUGCUCCCUUCCUUGGGUCUUGCUGUUUCAGGUCAAGAAGCACAUGGGGUGGCUCGCCUCCAUGAGCGGCCAUCUCCGGCAGGUGCGCGUGUAUCGGUCGCUCAAGCGGAGCUCGCCAUGGUGGCCUCCUCGGUUCUUGGGGCGGAGUCGUGGCUCAGGGCGCAUGUCCUGGCGCGCUACCCCUCCAACCACAUCACCGCCAUCGCCGUCGGCCGUGGCGUCUCCUGCGGCGGCUAUGGCCAAGAGCAGCUCCGCGUCGCGCGCGCCGCCAAGAACCUGCACCACGCCCUCGUGCGCUGGGGCCUCGUCGGGGACAUCAAGAUCGACGCUUCCUCUGCCUCGUGCGUGGAGGAGGGAGGGGCGCUGAAGAGGAGGCUGUACGGCAUGCACCACCUGCCGCCGCCGUCGGUGACGAGUCCGCCGCCGCCCGGCGUGCCGUUGUCCUUCGCGCCCAACUCGCCUCCGGAAGUUGUCCCAUCGGUUCCACCCGCAGGCGCUGCGCCGCCGAGCACGCCGGUGGUUGCGCCUGCGCCAGCAAGCCCACCACCCAUGGCGAUGCCGGCGACCCCGCCCGACGCGGCUGGCGGCAUGGCGCCGUCUGUAAUGCCGGCACCGUGCUUGGCGGCUCCACCGGCGGUGGCGGCAAUGUCGCCGCCACCGUUGUCCGGCGAGGGAGGCAAUGGCGGUGGCGGGCUGUGGUGCGUGGCGAAGCCGACCGUGCCCUUGGACAGGUUGCAGGAGGCGAUGGACUACGCGUGCAGCCAGGACGGAGUGGACUGCCAGGAGGUCUCGGCCGGGGGAAGCUGCUUCUACCCGGACACCAUUGCGGCGCAUGCGUCGUAUGCGUUCAACAGCUAUUGGCAGAAGAUGAAGCGAAUUGGUGGGAGCUGCGGCUUCGGUGGUGCUGCUGUGCUCAUCAAUUCUGACCCAAGUUAUCUGCAAUGUCGCUUCAUGUUGAGUUGAAAAAGGCUGAAAUUGGAUCUUCUGUUGUGGUCAGUAUUAUUCUAAUGAAGUGGUCUUAAUACUCUGAUUGAACAUUUUCUCUUAUAAUGCAACUUUGAGUAAAUAGUACUUGGUGUUUAGUAGUAUUUCACUACGGCUCACUUGGGGAGGGGCCGAAUCCAUCCAAUAGUAUGUAGCUCUGGAACUGAAUAACUCAAGAACAAUCUGUUACGCUAUCUUCAGUUCCUUAAAAUAUUUUACUUAUCUUUGGAUGCUUGAUAGCCAGCACGGUUAAGGGCUUAAUUUUUUUUUACAAAAUUUAUGUUGUGCUGGUUACCAGCUUCCAUUAUCAAAUUACUAUGUAAUUUUGUUGUUAUAACACAAUUGGCUCGGCUCGCCAUAUGUAUCUGAGUA